UUUCACGUACCUCGUAAAGAUAAAUGCAGUAUCUGUAUUGGUUACAAAAAACAAGAAACCUCUAACGAUGAAACAAUAAAUUUCAACAUUCAUGUUGAGGAAAAAGAGUUGGCCCAGAAACAAUAUUUAAUUGAUCAGAAAAAAUUAAAUUCAAAUAGGUUUCUCUGUAGUAUCUUCGAUAUGCAGAAGGUUCUUAGUACUCCACAUGGUGAGCUGGAUAUUAGAGUUUUUUAUUAUUGUAGGUAUUCUGUAUACAACGAAACAAUUUAUGAAGCCGGCACACAAAAUGCAUAUUGUUACAUUUGGGGUGAGGCCGAUGGUAAGCGGGGAAGUAACGAAGUAAGCUCCGUACUGUACAAUUACCUUCGUCGUGUAGAUUUGUCCAACGGCGUUUCAGAAAUUUCUUUGUUCUGCGACUCUUCACUGGGCAAAACAAAAACGGAGUGGUAAUGGCUAUGUUAGCCUAUUUUUUGAAGAUGGCUGUUAAUGUAAAAACAAUAAAAAUUACAUUUUUAGUACCUGGACAUACCUACAUGCAAGUAGAUAGUGUUCAUGCUUGUAUCGAAACCUACACAAAAAAAUGCUAAUCUGGGCUCCAAGUGAAUGGCCUACUAUCUUACGAAAUUCAGGAGUAAAUCCACACCCUUAUGAGGUCAUUUCUUUUAAAUAUGGUGACAUUUACGACUUUAAGGCACUUCAAAAAAAAAAUUGGCCAGAAAAAAUUAAAAAAGAUGUGGACGCAAAAUAUGCGGAUAUUAGACAAAUGAUAUUCUUGAAGGGCUCAAACAAGGUACAAUGCAAAUACUUAAAGAUGAAGUCAAGUUUGUAACUCUUGAAAAUUUAAGACUAUCAAGAAACAUAGAGUUAGUACCUGUAUAUACACAAAGAGUCAAGAAAUACCCCUUAAAAAAUAUGAUAGUCUAUUGGAAAUGUGCGAAAAAAUAUAAUUGAUAAAAAAUACCAUAAAGAAUAUAAAUCCCAUCCCUCAUUGCAAAAGAUACUCCUGUCACUUUACCAGAAUCCGAUGAAGAAGACAUCAUUAGCAAC